GGUUAAGAUUCAGACUACACGGAGAUAGACUGUUCGUCUCACUAGCUACAGAAUCUCUCUCUCUCUCUCUCUCUCCUCCACCGAUCUCAACUCUCCGUCUUUCGCCGCCGUGCUCUCGCAGCGCUUGGUGUGGUUCUCACUGAAAGGCCAGGAUUCGAAUCUAGAUUUUCUCUGACGAUGUCGGAUUCUGAAUUGGAGGACAAGGUUUUCAGCUUGUUCAAGGAUUUUAUGGCCGGGAUUGCCAAGUUUGAGGAAUUGGUGCCCAUGGGAAGCACAUUUCUCAAUGGUUUUCAGCAUGCACUGGAGUUUCUUCGACGGCCGCCGAUCGAUAAAACAUCUCAGUUGGUUAAAAACAUAAUCCAAUCUAACGAAACAAAGAGGGUUAAAUCAUACAUUGAAGCUGGAUGUAUCAACACUGAUGAUGGCAGGCACAAUAUAACCAAGUUGCAAUCAUGCCAACUUGGACUUCAUGACCAUAUACGUAAAGGAAAAUGUAUACUUAACGAACUGGAAUGCCUACUGGAAGAUGUAAGGGGUGCAAUGCAAGAUAUAUCCUUGUUCCAGGAUGACAAUUUGGGUGAAAGGUUGAAUGAACAAGCCUGUAUCAAUGACAAGGAGGAAUUUGCCUUGCCUUGUCCCAGAAGAAAUGAAGUUUCUGAUUAUGCUGUCCUGAUGGCAGUCAUUUAUAGUAUGGUCACGCAAGAAUAUAUGAUGCAGGAAAGAGUUGUGUCUGCUUUAAGUCUCAAAUUAUCUUCAGGAGAAUUAGACAGCUACUGUCUUAUGUGGUCUUUGCGUCCUUACAUAGACGAAGAGAUUAUGGGUCAUGCUUGGAAACUUAUAUGCUGAAAUGUUAGAGGUUCUUAACUGUAAUCUCAUGAUUUGGCAAAAUUUAUUUAUAGCUAAAAGAUUCUGUAGAGCAACCAAACAGAUACCCGGGAUUCUAUAUCCUUUGCUUUGUAACAUGAGGAAAUACUCCUCAUCGAAAAUCUCUGGUUGUAGAUUAGCGUAUGCUAAAGUGAAAGAGGACAUGACCUACUGGGGUUGGGGUGUUCAAUCUGUGAGAUUUUAGGGGUUUCAUCAGUUCGUUUCUUUUUAGAUUACGGCCGAUUACAACCCUUCGCAGACAUCCGAUGGAUUGGGGCCAAUAACAUAUGAGGCUAUUUUGAGAUGUGAUUCUAGACCUUGGUGGCAUGACAUCAAACAACUAUAAUCUAUAAUAUAGAUGCUGGCUCUAUCCCUUAUAAUUCAAAGAAUUGAAAUUUGUUUAGUUCUUGUGGUUUGAAGUCAACAUCUGUUGAGGACUAUUUGGAUGAAAAAUCAUGACUUUAAAGACUAUUCAGAUUAAAAUAAAAUCAUAAGGGGGACUAAACAGAUGUCGACUUUAAACCAGCAGGAUUAUACAAUAUUUUACCCUAAUUCAAACUUUCAACUUGUAAUCUUGUAAUAAGCAGGAUAUUGUGAAAUUGUGCUCUUGCCAAAUCCCCCUUGAGCAAAUUGAUUUGGUAAUCUUUUAGGCUCUUAUAUAUAUCCCUGCCUUUUAAUUUUGUUUUGAUAGAACUUCUGAAAGUUGGGUUUGAAGUAUUCCAAUU